GUUUGUGUUCUGCAGAGAAGAUUGAGAUGGUGUGAGAGAAAGUUAAUGCCUGAAGAUUCAUCUUGGGCUUCCUGCUUUUCCUUCCAGUGGGAAUGGCAUAUGAUACUAGUUUGUGAAACUUCGUUUGCAACUACUUGCCGCUGAUCGACGAAUAGCACUGCGAAGAUACAGAAGAAGCUAAACAGCUGAGUUUGAAAUCAUUUGUAUAUAAUACAAAUCAUGGAAUCUUACUUCAUCUCCUGGAAUUGCACCAAUUUUUCAGGAACUGCCAUGGAAUACUUAAUGUACGCGGCAGAACUUGAAAACAUGGGACAAUUCCUGUAAAAUCCAGUGACCUUCCAGUAUGGCGCAAAAUGAAGUUAAUGCCAUGGUUUACAAACCUGGAAAGUCAGGCCCCGUGCAGAAGACAGAGAAUAAUCAGAAAGAAGAGAGUGGUAACAAGCAGGUGGAUCCAGAACUUAUUUUCACUAAACAAGAAAAAAUAGGACAAGGAGGUUUCGGAGAAGUUUUCAAGGGCAUGAACAACCGGACUCAACAAAUCGUGGCCAUAAAGAUAAUAGAUCUGGAGCAGGUUUUAGAAGAGAUCGAAGACAUACGACAGGAAAUAAUGGUUCUCUCACAAUGUGAUAGUCCCUAUGUUACAAAAUACUAUGGAUCUUAUUUAAAGGGACCAAAACUAUGGAUAAUCAUGGAGUAUCUCGGUGGAGGGUCCGCUUUGGAUUUGAUGAAAGCAACAAAAUUUGAAGAACUUCAUAUAGCUAUAGUGUUGAGGGAUGUUCUGAAAGGCCUCGAUUACCUGCAUUCGGAGCGCAAAGUACACCGUGAUAUUAAAGCUGCUAAUAUUCUUUUAUCUGAAAUCGGUGAAGUAAAGUUGGCAGAUUUUGGAGUUGCUGGCCAGUUGACAAAUACAACGAGCAAAAGAAAUUCAUUGGUUGGGACACCCUUUUGGAUGGCACCAGAAGUGAUAUGUCGUUCUGCGUAUGAUUCUAAGGCUGAUAUAUGGAGUCUUGGUAUAACUGCUAUCGAACUGGCUAAGGGUAAAGCUCCUCGAUCUGAGUUACAUCCUAUGAAAGUCCUUCUCCUUAUACCUAAAAGUAAUCCACCACAGCUGAAUGGGAAUUAUAGUAAGCAAUUUAGAGAGGUUGUGGAAGCAUGUCUCAAUAAGGAUCCUGCAAAUAGACCAACAGCUAAAGAACUUUUAAAAUAUCAGUUUAUACGGAAGGCAAAGAAGAAUUCAUAUAUUAUAGAUUUGAUUGAAAAAUAUAAAGCAUGGAAAGAAAGGGAAUCUGGCUCUGGAAGUUUUAGUGAUUCAGAAACAUCUGAUUCGGAAGAAUCUCCUUGUAAUGACUCUUGGCAGACCUGGAGAUGGGAUUUGGGCACACUACAAGGACCAAACACUCUUGACAUGAAAAUUAAAGCUCCACCAGAUGAAAUGACUGACAGCUUUGAUUCUUCCAAAACUUAUUCUGUUUUAAAGCCUUUAAAUGAUCAGAGCUCUAAUCCAAACACUCCUGUUAUUCCAAGAAAUAUAUACUGGAAUCAGAGUGGAAAUGUGAUGAGACCUGCCAGCAUGCCUUGUUCAUUAUCUAACCAAAUCCCCUGGCAAAUAGAUAGGCCUAGUCCUGAUGAUUUUGACCACCAGCAUUGGAUUAUCUUAUCAAAUAGUGACUUCAUUGAUACUGACCGUAAUUCUAGUUCAAAUAAUCCCAGUUUUGAAAGCAGAAAUAAAGAUGAUGUAUACCAAAGAAAUAAUUCUAUGUCUCCUAUUUCACCAACAUAUCCUGAAAAAUCUAUUGGUUCCAAGUCUUCCUGCACAUAUGGGUUUAUGACUCACCUGAUAAAUGAACUAAAAUCUACCUAUAGACCUCAAAUACAAAACACUGGAACCCGUUGCAAUGCUAUUGAAGAGCUACACAAUGCAUUUGCUGCAGCUGAACAUUGCAGUCCUGGCGUAACUGACACAUUCGUAAAGGAAAUAUUCCGACGUUUAGUACCAAAUGUAAGUGGGCAGCGACGAAUGCAACAAAUAAUAGACAGGCUGAAAGUGGAUGAACCUUAAGAGUACUCAAGUGCCAAGUAUAACAGAUUAUAUUGCCUCUAAGUAAAAUCACAUAUCAGCCUUGUCCUAAUUGAUUCCAGCUUGGAUAAAAUCUUGAGUAAUAUUUUUACUCUUAAAUUAUUUAAUAAAAUUUAGAAUUACGUAUGAGUACAUUUGAAGUUAAUUUUUUUCUUCCUGCAAAGCUGAUAAAUGUAAUGCUUUUCGUGUUUCAAAACACAUCAGAUAUUCGUUAAAUCAAUGAAUUCAUGUUUUAUGUGAUAAAAGGUGCUUUUCAUGCUUAAAGUUUUUCUUUUAAUAAUUUUAAUAAUUUUUUGCAAAUUUUGAAAGAAAUAGUUUUGAGAAUUGGUUCAUAUAUUCUAAUUUUAGUAAUAUUAUUAUGUAACAACUAUCUUCUUUAUAUAUACUAUUAUCUUAAAUUUUCUAAAGAUUGUCUUAAAUUUUCUAAAGAUCAAAAUACAUAUUGUCCUAGAUUUUUUAAAGAUAAAAAAAAAAUUUUUGGAAUGUAAGUUAGUGCCAACGUCUUUGCAUUUGGUGCUCCUUGUAUGAACUGACUUUCAAAAUGUGAAAUAUUAUCAAAUAUAUUUAUGAGGUGAAAUUUCCCCAACUCCCUUUGUUUCUACUUACAAACUUGGACACUAAAUUUUAAAUAUUCAUUUUAAAUGUAUUGAAUUAGUUUCAGAUUUUUCAAUACAGUCAAUUCUGGUUAACUGGGAAAUGCAUCAGUUUGGACUAUCAGUUAUUGCAGAGAAUGAAAUCAUCAGAAUUGAAAACUUUUGUAUAUUAUUUCUUGGCUAUAUAUGACAGUAAUGUAAUAAACAGGACAAAAAAAACUAAAUGUUUAUAAUAGUGGUAAAUAAUUAUAAACAUUUGGAGGGGGAUUUAAUGCAGAAGAUAUUUAAUAAAGCUAACAAAAUUCAUCUGUUCUGCACGACACUAUAGGUGUAUGUGUACUGCAUAUUAUAUAGCAAGAGUAGCCAAAUUUCAUGUCAGUAAGAGCUGCUUGUUGGUAUUCAGAAAAGUUUGGAAGCUGUAACUAGAUUUUUCAAAUGACACAGGUCCAUAUUUACAACAUUUUAAAAGUAGUGAAACAAGUUUCAAAUGGAAAGAAACACCUGAUAACUGUAGGUGGAUUCCCCAGGUAAUGCAAACAAGUAAACUUGCUUUGAGGAAGCAGGUGGAUCACAUAAUAUUAUAUUGCUUAACUGUUUGAGUCCGGUGAAGCGCUAUCGGGCUUCACUUGUCAUAUGCCAAAAAAUACGGCGCAGCGCGAUAGCACUUCUCUUGUUUUGUAUCGAGAAUGCGAAGACGCUGCUGUUAGUUAGUAUACUUUACACAAUUAUUGAGAGCAGUUGUAGUGAUAUCAGUAGCAGUUGUUUUAUAGGAUUUGGAAAUUGUUUUCAUUUUUUUACCAAGUGUUAUACUGAUAAUUACAAAAUAACCCAUGUCAAGUUCUGAUUCAUUUGAAAGUGACUAUGUUAUGAGAAGUGAUAAUGAAGAGUAUAGUAAUGACCUUGAAAGUGAUAGUGGAAGUGGCAUCAUCAUUCGUUCUAAGAGAUUAUGAGUUAUUAGUGAUAGCAGUGAUGAUGAUGAAGUAACUGAAAGUACCUCCGAUGAUGAUAUUAUUGAUGAGUUUUUACCUGUGGAUACAAUUUUUUCGAAUGAAUCGAAUACUUUUUCUGAAGUACCUGGACCAAAGCAUGCCCCUCCUCCUGAUGCGAAACCAAUUGAAUAUUUCAAUAAUUUUUUUUUUCAAGUAUACUAACCAAUAGCAGCGUCUUCGCAUUCUUGAUACAAAACAAGAGAAGCACUAUCGCGCUGCGCCGUAUUUUUGGCAUACAAGUGAAUCGCGAUAGCGCUUCGCCGGACUCAAACGGUUAAGCAUGCUUUAUUCUUUGCCAAAAUGUUACUAAGUGUUGUUGGUCAAAUACUGCAUGUGCAAGAAUAGAUUAAACAAUUUUUUAAGAUCCAGUUGAUCAAAAGAUAUAAGAAAUAAUUACGAAAUUUAAACAUCUUUUUAUUCAUGAACUAUGAAAAAUAUCCUUUUAAAAAUUAACAGCUGCUAUAUGUUAAAAAAAUCUUCACCUUGGAUUUCUGGCUUGCAUUCUUGAUUCAGCCAUUAGGUAUGGUAAUCAUAAAAAUUUUAAAGACAUAUGACAAAAAAUUAUACAGUAUAUUUUAAAGACACUUGGGGAAAGAGGUAUUCUAACAUUUAUUAUCUGAUGUUAUAUUUUUGACAUUAACUGUUUACACAAUAAAGUAAUUUAAAAAAAAGUAUCUUCCAUUUCAUAUAAUUGAUAUGAAAUAAAGUAGUAAGACAGUAUAAGACUGAUUUUCACACUGGUGUUUUAAAAAUUGACUUACUGGAUUCAAAUUCACUUUCAAUGUUUCCAUCAUUUCUUGGAAACACUGAAAGUAAAUCUGGAUCCUUUGAAAUGGGAGGGGGCUAAGAUGUUAGGAACUUGAAUCUGUGGUUAGUAAUGUUCAAUGUGGGUGUAAUAAUGACAGUUACAAAAAACAUUCUACCAAAAAUAAGAUUGCAUAAAGAAAUGGAAAUUCUGUUCGCUCAUAAUCAAACACAGCCAUACUAUGAAAUGCACAACAAAAAUUUUUCUUUCUAUUUCUUUGAAAGAAUUGGCAUGUGUUUAAUACAUAAGUACUUAGAUAUCAGAUGUAUUAGCAAUUCUCAUUUUAUUUAAUUACUACAUGCAUUAAAGUUACUUCAUGAGAAAAAAAAAUACUUGUACAUAAUUGCAUUAGUUUGAAAGAAAUGAGGUAAAAUGCACGUGAAUUUGUAAUUUUAUAAAAUAAUGAGGUUUAUUUUAACUGCAUGAAGAAAGUGUUGAUUAAACAUUUGAAUUUAAAUUAACAAGUUCAAAAAAGGCAGCAAAAGUAUUGAUAAAAUAUGAUUAUAUUUUCAGCAAGGAUGCAUUUCAUUUUCUGCUUCAGUAAUGAUGAUUUUGUUUACUCAUAAUCAAACAUAAAUAUGCUGAGGAUUUACAGUACAAAAAUUUCUACAGUGAAAUUUCUUACUAAUAAAAUAGGCAUAUAAGCACAUUUAUAUUUGAUACAUAAAUAUCAAAUGUCUUACCAACUAUAUUUAGUUAUUAUAUAUAUUAUUUAUUUCAUAGAUAGAAAACAUGCAUAUUCAUUUCAUUUGCAAAAAAUAGUUUGAAAAAAC